GUGAGAGAAUUGAAAGAACUGUCUUGAAGGAAUAAAAAAAGUGUUUAGUGCAAGAGCAAACUGAAAAUCUGUAAUAAUGAGAUAAAAUUCUACCAAAACUCCAUGUUCAGAUCAUUAUAUCUGGAGGAUCCUGAUCAUCGAGUAAUGGACGAUACAUGACACAUUCGUCGAAAUACAAAAUAAAUUCAAGAAACGUAAUCGUAUUCAAAGAUGUGGUGGAUCUUGUUAUUAAGCUGCUGGUCAUAUCCUUCGUGGAGUAUGACUUGGUAUCCUCCAGCUACCUUGAAGGCAAUGCACGGAGAACAAAUAGAUCUUGUAGAUGCUAACUCUACUAAUCUUAUUUGGACAAGAAAUACUGCGAGUAACGGCGUUUCAAUUGAUGGACCAGAAUCCAUCGAUUUGAUCGACUCAGGGCAAUCUCCCAUCAAUUCUGUCGAUCGCGACCGCGAACCGCUGGACGAAGUAGAGCGUAUCGAACCCAGGCAGUGGCCAGGCAAGCCGGAUAUCCUACCGACUCGCAGUACCGCACCUUUCACCACGGAAAGGUCUUUACCGCCUAGAUCUCCACAACCCACAACGUUGGCGCAAAGAGAUCCUUCAACACAAAGAUUUCCUACGAUUACUGCACCACCUCCGACGGUCACUGUCGAGGAAGUCUUCUGCGAUUUCGGGCCAUCACCGUCAAUGCCACUUUGCGAAUGGCAAAAUGGCAAUGGUGCUUUGGAUUGGACUUCAGGAACUGGAAUGGGCACCAACUGGUUGGGUGGACCAUCGGGCGAUGCUAGCGGCUCAAUGGAGGGAGGAUAUGCCUUUCUGGAGACAUCACAGGUACCUUCAAAGGAUGUGAAGUUCAAGAGUUCCGGAGGUCUUUUACACAGUCCGCAAUUGGGCAGCACCGGGGUAUCUGGCACUUGUUUUAUGUUCAAAUACACCAUGGACGGUCUCAGUAUCGCAGGACUACGAGUAUUGCUUCAUGUUGGAACGGACGCGUUCUCAUUUAAAAAGGAACAGCCAGAUGUGACAGAGGAAUUGCCUGUAGAAAAUAUCACAGUGUCUUGCGAACCGGCAAAUCUGCCAGAAAUCGUAGACGAGCGCGUAAUGUGGCACGCGCAAUAUUACACGCUCGGAGCAUGGCAGCAGGCUCAAAUACUUUAUACUUAUCCUGAAUUACACUCGAUAGUUAUUGAAGGCGUGCCAGUAGACUCCACGGAUCCAUCGCGUCUGUAUCGCGGAUAUAUCGCUAUCGACGACAUAGAUCUGCAGCCUGGUACGUCGUGCGUUGGAUUCUGUAAUUUUGCCGCUGGCUUCUGUGACUGGAACAAUGAUGCGGAAGAUGAUUUCGACUGGACUAUAAGUCGUGGAAGCGCAAAUCCCACGACCGGUCCAGCAAUGGAUAGUUCCAGCGACCGUGCCACAGCCGGUGGUUACGCUUUCAUUGAUUCCGGAUUCCCGCGAAGACCUGGCGACACGGCGAAACUCAUAAGUUCGAGCUUCCCAGCAACAAUGUUGGAUGCACCAAUGUGCAUGCAUUUCUGGUUCCACAUGUUUGGAACUGGAAUCGGUUACCUAAAGUUAUUUCUACGUCAUUUUCGCAGUUCAGAUACACAGCUACAAGAGAUUUGGGGUCUGUCCGGAAAUGCGGGCAAUGCCUGGUUCAUGUCACAAGUUACAAUCAGCUCCCUCGAUGAUUAUCAGCUAGUUUUUGAAGCAUCAGUAGGAAUCACUGGCAUGGGGGACAUCGCAAUCGAUGAUAUUUCGUAUGGGCCAGGUGCUUGCCCUGUUUCACCUCAAGUGGCUGCUCCGAUAUCGCGGGAUUGCACCUUUGAGAUUGAUGAAUGUGAGUGGAUUAACUCACGAGAUCCAGAUCGUGUCGAUUGGGAAAGAGAAUCUACUCAGGUGUUAGGCCCGAGGAAUCAAAGGAAACCGUACAGCAGUGGACACACAAUUAAUCGACGCAAUGAAUAUUUUUUGGGCCUUGGACGUCUUCGAGGUGGUCCACGAUCAUCUGGAGGUGGUACCGCUCAGCUAGUCAGUCGACAGAUGAAGGCUUCCGAAGAAACGUCCUGCAUUACAUUUUGGUAUUUUAUGUUCGAGCCCUUCAUUGAUUCCACAGGACCUAGUUUAGGAGUUUUGCGAUUAUACGUGCAAACAGAGAGUGAUAGUUCGAAAGCUAAACCUAUAUGGCAAUUAUACAAUAAUCAAGGUCCCACAUGGAACUACGCUCAAGCUAACAUCAAUCAAAAUACAGACUUUAAUAUCGUAUUUGAGGGCACUUGGGGUCCAAACAGAGCUACUGGUAGCAUAGGAAUUGAUGAUAUCUCCUUUUAUACCGGAAAUUGCAGUGUGAAACCAACGAGUGCAGUCGUUCGUCUAGAAGAUUGUAGCUUUGAGAAGGAUUUAUGUGGAUGGGAGAACAUAACUAUUUCUGAUAACCGUGCUGUAAUGUGGCAGCGUGCGUUUCAGACCCAUCGACCGGCUCAAUUAUUGGACAGAACUUUUGGUGCGCCUGGCGAUUUUGUAUUCUUUGACAUCUUUACAACAAACAAGGAAUCAACGAAGGUUCAAUUACAAUCGCCUAUCAUUAAUGCUUCGCCCGAUGAAGAGUUUGUAUGUUUCACUUUUUGGUUCGCUGCUUUUGGCGUGGAGGAGUCUACCACUCUACGAGUAAUUAAAAUGCCUACCGAAGAAACUGAGGGAGAGAGUGAAGGCGAACAGGAGCAACCGUUAUGGUCAUUGACAGCCAAAGGAUUAAAUAAUCCACGACCGGUAUGGAUGGCGGCACAAGUGGCAAUUGAAGCGCGAACUCCAUAUCGACUUAUUCUUGAGGGAAGCGCCAGUAAUGGAGGCUUCGCUGUUGACGAUAUAAAAUUUCAACCUUUAUCCUGCACAAUUCGACCACCCAGUGCUCAACCAAUCCAAAGCGAGGCUCAAUGAAAAAAAUCAUCUAAUAAGUUUCUCUUAACGUUGAAAUAAUCGUUUUUAUCAAGCAUUUAGGAUUUAUACUUGUAAUAUUAAUAUUGUACUUAAUUACAUUAUCAAUAGAA